CUUCCCUAUCUGCAAAAACCUAAUUUCUCUUAACUCACCUUGAGCUUCCGCCGCGCCGCCUCUUCCUUCAUCGCCUCUUCGUCACUGUCUUCGUCACCGCUUGACUCACCGAGUCACCGACGAAGCUUACUCUCUCUCACUCUCUUUCACCGACUCUGUUUACUCUCUCACCGACACCCCUACUCACCGCUUCCAUCGCCUCUUUCAUCUCAGAGAUUUCACUCGUGAUUUGCAUCACACCUGAAAUUGAACACCAGUUCUUCAAGUCCGACAGAGACAGACACCAUCAGCUUUCAUAUUCAAGACUGUCGGACAAUUUGAGGUGAAGACACAGUUCUCCAAGCUGAACCGCAACGCAGCAUCUUCCGGCGGCAGCCAACGACGAGGAUAUAUUUCUCUACCUCUUUAUCCGGUAAGGUUACUUCAUUUUAUCUCUCUCUUCUCGCCUUUUAUUUAUUUAUUUACUUUUAAUCUCACAAAUUUCAAUCUCUUGUAUGCAUCUUUUUUUUUUUGCUAUAAUUCUUAGAAUUUAUUGUGCAUUUCUAUUUUUACGUUUGUUUACGAUUUUUUAAAAUUUUUUUUCGAAACUUUGUGCUGGAUCUACUGGUAUAUAGUUACUGCUAAUUAAUUUUUGGUAGCUUUCUGCUGGACUUUGGGUUUAGGGUUUUGCAUAGGCUUUCUGUCGUGAUUCGUAACUGGAGCCUAAGAAAUCCUUUUUGACAGAAAGCAGAUAUCAUUCUCCCCAACUUUUUGGGUGGGUGAAGUAACUAGUAAUUUUCUCUUGAACAUAAAAAAGAGAAAGGAAAAAAAAAUACCACUGGAAAACCAUGAAUUAUUAAUUCGUGCAUUAACUGGAGAAAUCACAACAAAUUGAAAAAUGAGAUAAUAUAUUUAUAAUGGACUUGUGGAUCGAAUCGGAUUGACCCGAUCACAGCCAGCCGAAUUUUGGAGAAACCGGACUCGACUUCGUCGAACAUUAUAAAGAAUUCCAGCGACCCGACCGGAUUAUCCUGGCCGUCGACGAUUCAACUCCCAGCCCAAUGAAGGAGGCCACGCGCCUUACAUGCUAUUUACCCAUAAUCAUUGUAUUGGCAGCAGAUCUAUGUGUGGGCAUCAGAUUCUCCGCCCAGUUAUCGGAGGGUUCAAUUACAGACACAGCCAAUCAACAACAGCUGCAAACAGCGGUUUUUGCUCUAGGAAGCUUCUGGAGAUCGGAGGCGGUGUUUGGCUGCUUGGAUGGGGUAGUGCGUACGACUGUCGGCUAUGCCGGUGGAUCCAAAACCAAUCCCGAGUAUCGGAGCUUAGGUGAUCACGCUGAAUCUGUUCAGAUGGAUGGUCUUCGGAUUCCUAACAAAGACUUGGCUGACCUCACACCUCAUUUUGUUUGGUCCAAGGCUGAAAUGUUGCAGCUGAUGAAGCAGAUGACGAAGGGUAGAAAAGAUAAUCUUUUCCUUCGAAAACAUUGCUGGCAUAUGAUGUUGGCUCAACCAGCCCAAUAUGUUAUGGAAGCAGGGAAUAAGAGGCUCUCUGUUUAAUAGGAUAAAGAGGUAUCUGACCAUUCGGAUGUAGAUAGGAAGUUCAGAUGCACAAAAACUCUCAUCUAUUCGGAGAAAGAUUAUGGGGAGGAGGUUCGGGAGAAUCAACAAGGACUUCUACAGCCACCAAACAUCCUACAAAGAGGCACUGCGUAGGAAAAAGGAAAGGAAUAUUUUUGUUGUGAAGCCACACGAGGUCUCGUACAACAGGCAAUUUGCUCUACUGUCGGGCUUUAACAACAUUGCUACUGGACAGAUAUACAAAAUAGAAGUUUGGUCUCAUGAGCAUAUGUGGUUCUUGAGCAGAUUCAAGAAAUCAGGAUUAGUGAAUGCAAAAGUAUAUAUAAUUCCUGAUCCGACUGAGAGGCAUUAUAUCACUUAUUUUGAUCCUGAAUCAUUGGCUCGAAAGAUACACGACAUGGGGUUCUUGGUUGUAUCCGAUGACUGGCACUUGUAUGGCCUUGAUACUCGUCUGCUAUAUGAGGAUCUCCAUGCAUUUGGGGAACCAUUGUCCCACUCCGUUUACUUCAAUGGCACUCCAAAAACCUAUAAAAAAUGGUAAAGAAUCACCCCUCCUCUCUCUCAUCUCAGUUGGCACAAGGAGUGGAUAGAGUAUGCUGACCUGAAAAAACAGGCUUACAAUUUUUGUAGAUAUUUUGAGAUACAGGCCUACAAAUUUUGUAGAUUUUUCCAUCUUGAAAAAACAGGCUAGUUUCUGGCGAAGUUCUUACUGCUUAGCCUACUGCACUGUCCAGAAGCCAAGAAGAGUUUACAUUAAGGAAGAUGAAAACGUUAACAAUG